UGGGACUCCAGGGUGCGCACAGAGCAGACAGAAAGGGUUUGGUCCGUUCCGGUUAUGGGCAGCGUGUCAGUGGUCGCCGUGUGAGUCAGCGUGUCCCCGAACUGCUGGAGAGAGCCCCGCGGUGGAGGCGGCUCAAGCCCCGAAGAAGUCCCCCGUAGAUGAAAGUUGUUCUCGGCUAUGCUGCCCUGAGUCGGCCGCCGGUACCCGCCCUACCAACAUGUCUGAUGUCAACAAGACUCUGCAGAAAUGGCACGCCAGUUUCAGAAAAGGCACGGACUUUGACUCGUGGGGACAAUUAGUGGAGGCUAUAGACGAGUACCAAAUUCUUGCGAGGCAACUGCAAAAAGAGGUGCAGUCAUCAAACUCAUCAGACUUCACAGAAGAGCAGAAGAAAAAUUUAGGGAAGAUUGCAACAUGCCUAGAGAUGAGGAGUAUCAGUUUGCAGAGCACGCAGUCAACAGAGGACUUCAAGUUGGAAGACUUGAAGAAACUGGAAAGCAUCAUUCAGAAUUUAUUGACGUACACUAAAGAAUUUCCCUUCGAUGUCCAACCAGUCCCCUUGAGAAAAAUCCUCGCCCCCGGUGAAGAGGAGAACCUGGAGCUGGAGGAAGAAGAUGCCGCCGCAGUCGCCGGCUCUACAGAAGCAUUCCCCCCGAGAGCUCCCGCCUCACAAGGUACCUUGUUACCACGGUUACCCUCCGAGCCUGGAAUGACGCUGCUGACGAUACGAAUAGAAAAAAUUGGUCUGAAAGAUGCCGGGCAAUGCAUCGACCCGUACAUGACCAUUAGCGUCAAAGAUUCAAAUGGGGUGGACUUGAACCCGGUACAGGACACCCCCGUAGCCACCAAGAAGGAAGACCUCUGCAUUCACUUCGGUAUGGACGUGGAGAUCCAAAGGCAUCUGGAGAGACUACCUAAAGGGGCAGCUAUUUUCUUUGAAUUCAAGCACUACAAACCCAAGAAGAGGUUUACCAGCACAAAAUGUUUUGCCUUUUUGGAAAUGGACGAGAUCAAGCCUGGACCCAUUGUGAUUGAGCUGUACAAGAAGCCCACCGACUUCAAGAGGAAGAAACUUCAGCUUCUCACCAAGAAACCACUUUAUCUUCACCUUCAUCAAACCUUGCACAAGGACAGCUAAGAUGCCCACAAGGCACCCAAUUACACACAAUACACCACUACUAAAUGAUAGUUUUGUUUUGGGUUUUUUUCCAUGUCUAUAUUAACAGAGUAAAGGGAACACAAAUGGGAGGUUGUGUCAAUAUGAGGUGCUCAACUAUCUCUGUUUGCACUGUCGGACCUUGAAACAGACGUGUGCAAAACACGCUGCCAAAAAAAGCUGACGUUAUGUGUAGCAAACAUUAAACUGGGCUGCUUGCAGAAUCAUUUCCAUGUUAGACAUGAGCAACAUCUUCAACUGAGUCCACAGGGAGACUUUUUGGUGCUGGUUAUCAUCAUUUCAGAUCAUGUUCGUUGUCGUUCAGUUUAAAAUUGAAAGUAAAUAAAAUAAUAUAAGUGGAAUUUGG